CACUUUCUGAAAGCUUUUCAGGGGCCAUGGUUGGACCGACAGCCGGCUGUAUCAUUGCUGAACAAUUCUCGCGAAUCAAAAAAUGUGAUCGUUUCUACUAUGAGAAUCCCGGGCCCCAACAGUUCACUUCGGGUAACUCGAACGCCAACUCUCGGGGGCGGUGACGAAAUUCGCCAGGUUACGCUAUCAUCAGUGAUAUGCGCAAAUCAUAAAUGGAUUCAAAAACUGCAGCCGGACUCAUUUUCUCUGCCGGAUGGGCUCACAAAUGUCCCAGUCGACUGCAACAAAUUCCAUGAGUUAGACCUAUCAAAGUGUCUUGAUAGAGGCGGGUGUCGCACUUCCGAGGGAAGUUAUCUAGCUCUAGGUGAAAGUGGACGAACAAGGCCGUGCACGCAUUGCACAUGCACUCAGGAGGGGGUGCUUCGCUGUCGCGCCAUGGUAAUAUACGACUGUAACGAAAUUGCUGACAAAUACUCGCCAACGGAGAUAGCGAGGGAUCUAUCCUGCGCAGUCCAAUGUUCGUCACUGCUUCGACAAAACAAAUGA